ACCGCGGGGAGGCCUAGGUCGCGGGUCUUGAUCGCGGGUCGUCGGUGACAUGGAUGUCGGGAGCGGGGUUACCGAGUGAUCCUGAUCGGUGGGGGUGUUGGAUGGCGAGCAGGCAGCGGGCGCCGCUGUGAGGGAGCGCGGCGGUGGCGGAACUCGAGUGUCCGAGGCCUGAGGCCCAGCGGGUUGCCAGGGAGACGCGGGCCCCGGGGGCACCGCCACACACACGACCAUGAGCUCCCGGGUGCGGCCCCAACCCCAACCCCAGCCACAGCCUCAGCCUUCCUCCCGCCUGCAGAAGGCCGGCGGUGAGCAGCUGGAGAUGAGCCGGGUGCGGGGCGCGGAGAGCCGGCCGGAGGAAGAGGAGGAGGAGGAGACCGCUGGCCCCGGCGGAGGAGGCCGAGGCGGAGUCGGGGGCCGCCAGGCCUGGAGCCGGGACAACCCGGGCUACGAGCCGGCCGACGAGGAGGUGGAUUGGAGGGCGGCGCCGGGCAGCCCCAGCCCCAGCCCAGAGCCCCGGCAAAGCGGCAGGAACGCCGGCCUGUACUCCACCUCCACCUCCAGCCCGGGGGUCCAGCACAGCGGGCGGCCAGGCUGCGGAACCACCCUCCUCCGCAGGAUCCGAGCUUUCUGGGGAACCCGGCUGACUGGUGAACAGACUGUCAAUAGGGAAAGAUAUCUGCAGAGCGUGCUGCGGGAGCUGGUGACCUACGCAAUCUUCAUGGUUGUUCUGUGCAUCUCAACCUAUGGGAUGGUCAGCUCCAACAUGUACUACUACACCAAAGUCAUGUCCAGUCUUUUCCUCGACACUCCACUUUCUGAAAAUGAGAUAUCGAAUUUCAGGAACAUCGCCAACAUGGAUGAUUUUUGGAAGUUCACAGAAGGUCCUUUGCUGGAUGGGCUUUAUUGGGACCAGUGGUACAAUAAUAAAACACUAGGGAUGAACCAAAGCUUCAUUUAUCAUGAAAACCUGCUUUUGGGAGUGCCUCGCAUCAGGCAGUUGAAAGUAAGGAAUGAGUCUUGCAAAGUGCAUGAAGACCUAAGAGAUGAAAUCAAGGAAUGCUAUGACGUCUAUUCAGUUGCAAAUGAAGACACUGCAUCGUUUGGUCUCAAGGAUAAAACAGCUUGGACUUACACGAGUGAGAAAGAUCUGAAAGAGAUUGGCUACUGGGGGUUAGUCGCCAUCUACAGUGGAGCAGGAUAUUACUUGGACCUGGCAAGAAAUAGAGAUGAAACGGCCACAAAGUUAAAGGUGCUGAAGGAGAAUCUGUGGCUUGAUCGAGGCACCAGGGUUGUGUUCAUUGACUUCUCUGUCUACAACGCAAACAUUAACUUAUUUUGUGUGAUCAGGUUGGUGGUGGAGUUCCCUGCGACGGGAGGUGCCCUUUCUUCAUGGCAAUUUCAGACGGUGAAACUUAUCCGCUAUGUCUCAUCGUUUGACUAUUUCCUGGCAGCCUGUGAAAUUACUUUCUGUAUUUUCAUAUUUUACUAUAUAGUCGAGGAGUUUCUGGAGAUCCGUGUUCACAAGCUGCGUUACUUCAGGAGCGUCUGGAACUGUUUGGAUAUACUGAUCAUUGUGCUGUCGUUGGUGGCAAUCUGCAUCAAUAUUUAUUGUACAGCAAUAAUUGAGGAGGUACUUGGAGAAAUACUGGAGAACCCGACUUCAUACCCCAAGCUGGAGCCUCUGACAUACUUACACGUUCAGUUCAACAACAUGGCAGCAGUGGUUGUGUUCUUUGUGUGGAUUAAGAUCUUCAAAUUCAUUAGCUUCAAUAAGACCAUGAUCCAGUUGACUUCCACCAUGUCUCGCUGUGCCAAAGAUGUCAUGGGCUUUGCCAUCAUGUUCUUUAUCAUUUUCCUGGCCUACGCUCAGCUGGCCUACCUCGUCUUUGGUACCCAGGUUGACGACUUCAGCACUUUCCACACUUGCAUCUUUACUCAGUUCCGCAUCAUUCUGGGAGAUUUCGAUUUUGCCAAAAUUGAAGAAGCAGACCGGAUUCUGGGACCAGUUUAUUUUGCCACUUUUGUCUUCUUCAUUUUCUUCAUUCUUUUGAACAUGUUUUUGGCCAUCAUUAAUGACACCUACUCUGAAGUGAAAGCUGACAUGGCCCAGCAGAAGAGUGAGAUGGAGCUUACUGACUUUAUUAAGAAGGGAUGUAGCAAGGCCAUGCUGAAGCUGCGGCUAAGGAAGUCCACUGUUGAUGACAUCACGGAGAGUCUACGGCAGGCUGGAGGGAAACUAAAUUUUGAUGAAUUGCGACAAGAUCUGAAAGGGAGGGGUCACACAGAUGCUGAGAUAGAAGCAAUCUUCGCCAAAUAUGACCAGGAUGGGGAUCAGGAGCUGACCGAACACGAACAUCAACAGAUGAGGGAUGACCUAGAGAAAGAGAGAGACGACUUGGACCUGGACAGGAGCUCAUUGCCUCGAUCCACCAGUGGCCGAAGCUUCCCGCGGAGCAUGGACGAUUCAGAGGAGGAGGAUGAUGAAGACAGCGGUCAUAGCUCAAGGAGAAGAGGGAGCAGCUCCACAGGGGUGUCCUACGAGGAGUUUCAAGUCCUUGUCAGGCGCGUGGAUCGGAUGGAGCAUUCCAUCGGCAGCAUCGUGUCCAAAAUUGAUGCCGUGAUUGUGAAGCUGGAGGCCAUGGAGAGAGCCAAGCUGAAGAGGAGGGACGUACUAGGCAGGCUGCUGGAUGGUGUAACAGAGGAUGAGCGCCUGGGUCGGGACAAUGACGUGCACCGCGAGCAGAUGGAGCGCCUGGUGCGCGAGGAGCUGGAGCGCUGGGAGUCGGACGAGACCGUGUCGCAGCUGAGCCACCACCUCGGGACCCCGCUGGGGAUCAACGGGCGCUCCCGCUCCCACAGUUCCCGCCCCUCGUCCUCUCAGUCCACUGAAGGCUUGGCGGACGCCGGGGGUCUUGGGGGAAGCCAUGUCUAGAGCUUUCAUUCUGCAGCUGGAGAUGGGCUUGUCAGUUAAUCUAUAACGUCACAUUGCGCAGACGUUGCAUCAGUAUUUACACCUUGUUUUUUAAUGCAGUUGUGAAUUGAUCAGUUGAGUAGGAAUGAUCACACCCAACACCUGGGCAAGGAUUGUACAGCCAUGUAAUCAUGGAUUUUUAUAAACUCUUACCUGUAGCCUGCUUUACUUCAAGAAAUUUAGAGGAAGCUGCGUGCGUAUUUUCCUGCACCCGUGGUACAGAAUGCUUUAGCUGGAGAAAUUCCCAAUAAACCGGGGCAGAGCUGUGUCUCGGCAUUAAUUGGAGAGCUUCAGAGAUCAACCAUGAUGGGAUUUAGGUUUCAUUAUUUUUCUUCCCUCCCUUCAACCUGAUCAAGGUUCUUGCUUAGUAAAGGUGUCAAAGGUUACGGGGAGAAGGCAUGAGAAUGUGCUUCAGAGGGAAAGAUAGAUCAGCAAGAUUGGAAAGAUUGAAUGGUGGAAUAGACUCGAUGGGCAGAAUGGCCUAAUUCUGCUCCUCUGACAUGAACAUGAAAGAUCUUUCAGCAAACCAGUACACGUAACAUUGGCCUCCGUCCAUGCUCUGUCGAUUACAAAUGGGUCUUCUUAAACAGGCUUAGAGGUUAAGAUGGGUAUUCUCACUCUGUUAUUCUACCCCCCAAUCCAGUGGACAUCUGUAAUCUGUAAAACAAAAUGUGUGAGAAGGAACGGCAGAUGCUGGUUUAAACCGGAUAGACACAAAAAACUGGAGUAACGCAGCGGGACAGGCAACAUCACUGGAGAGAAGGAAUGAGUGACGUUUCGGGUCGAGACCCUUCUUCAUACUUCUAGUCUGAAGACCCGAAACGUCACUCAUUCCUUCCCUGUCCCGCGGGCUGCGUUACUCCAGCUUUUUGUGUCUUAUCUUCUGUAAUCUGUAAACUCCAUCUUGCUGCCCAUUAGUUUGGCAGGAUGUGGUGUUUUCAGCAAAUAGUGGUAUGGGUUUGGGAACGUUGCCUCACUCAUUCUCCUCAGAACCUCUGUAAUUUAACCUCUGGAUUGUGAUUUUGGAUUUUUUAAAAAAAAUUUAAGGCUAUAGUUUAAUAAUUAGCAUGAAUCUGUCCGAUGGUGUCAGGGAAGAAGCAUGACAUUAGGAUUAAUAACAUAUCCAACAAAGUCAACAUGGACUGCAUAGUCCGCGGCAGGGUGGCGCAGCGGUAGAGUUGCUGCUUACAGUGCCAAAAACCUGGGUUGCAUCCUGACUACGGGUGCUGUCUGUACGGAGUUCUCCUUUUUAAUUUAGUCUAGAGAUA